AUGUCGUCCUCGCUGCAAAGCCUCGACGCACAAAUCGCCGCAGUACUGUCCGACUGGUCAAUCACGACUACCAUCCUUGCUCUCGUGAUCGCCGGCUUCUUGAUAUACCCGCUCGUGUUCGCCGAUGAGCCAGAUACCCAUCCUCUACUAUUAGCCCGACAAGGCACAGCCUCAGCUGUCAGAAACAAGGGCGAGUCAGCUGUAUACCGAAGUCCAGAAGUACCACAUGGAUAUCCCCUAAAGACGGGUUUGAAUGUCAAAGAUGCAGGAGCUCCAAGAUGGGCGAGCGGCAAAGAUGGCGAUAUUCGGGAUAUUUGGAGAGAAGUCCAGCGAGGUGGGCAGAAUGGUAGUGACGGCAAGGAGACUCCCAAGGGAUUGAUCAUGACGGUGCUUGGAAAAGAAGAGAUCGUGGAACACGGAAUUGAAGAUCUUUCCAAGGAGAUCGGCAUUAUUGGACAACAUAUCAAGCAGGCUGGCGUCAAGAAGGUCGCCAUUUACCUGCCUAACAGUGUGGAGUAUUUGACAACCGUCUUUGCAUGUGCUUUCUACGGCUUGACUCCAGUUCUCCUACCAUUCAACUUGCCACAUCCAAAGCUCUAUGAGCUCCUGAACGCUACCGGCGCAGAUGGCCUUGUCUGCGGUGCAGGAACAGUCCCGCUUGACGAUCUACCGCAGCAUGCCAAGAACAUCAAGUCCCUCGCCUGGGUCGUGGAGAAGACGAGCAGACACAUGGACUGGAACGGAGCUCCAGACUCAGCGCAAGGACGUCUUUCGGUCAGCGUCUGGCAUGAUGUGGUUGAAGAGAACAAGUCUAAAGCAGGCGCUGAACUGCCAAGCAACGAGAGCGACGACAAACCAGGCGAUGUCAUUACUGUCUGGCAACCAACUGACUCUACCUCGAAACCCGAGAUUGUGUCCUUCACGCAGGAAAACAUCGUGUCAGCCGUUGCCGCACUCAUCUCUGCGAUCCCGCCAAGGCAACGCCUUACCCCAGCAGACUUGGUCCUGCCUGCCGACACCUUCACCCAUUCCUACGUCCUCUGCCAGACGUUCGCCGCGCUCUUCACUCACUGCAGCCUUGCAAUCAACAGCGUGGCCGUACCUGGCGUUGAUCUCAACCUCGCUCGCCGCGGUGUCGCACCAACUGUCGUCAUCGCAUCCGCGGAGACUCUGGCGAAGCUGCACCAGCAAGAGCUUGGUGGCAUCAGCACUGGUCUUCAGAAGUUCGGUAAAUACACACAAGACCAGACAAUGUCAGCAGGUCGCAUGCCAACGGACGGGCUCCUCUUCAAAUUGAUCGGUCCCUCAUCUUCGAGCGGCGAGCCCGGCAAACUUCGCCUCAUCCUCACUUCCGACCGCUUGGGCGCAGGUAGCCCACCUCUCACGUCGACCAUGCUCUCAGACCUGCGCAUUUUCACCCGUGCGCGAAUCAUCUACGCAUUGACCACGGCGAAGGUUGCUGGUGCGGUAGCGCAGACGAAUGUGUUCGAUUACAGGAGGGAUGAAGGUGCCGCACAUUCGCACUUUGGCAUUCCACUGAGCAGUGUGGAGAUCAAGGUGCUGAGCCCCGGUAAUGAUGCAGAUGUUGGAGCGCAAGAGCCAAAAGGCGAGCUCGUGGUGACAGGCCCAGCUGUGGCAGGCGGAGAGGUGAAGUUGGGCGUGAGAGGAAGGAUAAGGGAGGAUUUCACGAUUGCUUAUGCCUAA